ACAGUGUAAUGAUUCUACAUUUGCGCACCUCCGGCCUUUAACAGCUCUUGCAGGCAGGAGCCCCAGCUCCUGUCAGGCUCUCCCGCCCCACGCUCCAGCUCUAGACGCUGACGCUGGAAGGUGCCGACCCCCAGCCGGCCUGCCGGUGGCCGGGGGUCGCGGGGCCUGCUUCCUUCCCGCCGGCAGCAGGGGAACGGAGGAGGCCGGGCGCCAGCGCCGGGAGCCAGGGUGCGGCUCUCCCGCUGCUCCGCAGGGGUGGGGCGUCCCCCUGCCCACAGAGACCCGCCGUCAGGCCAGUGGGAGGAGCUGCCCGGGCCCCCCCGAGCCCGCAGGCCUAUAAAGCCGCCUCGCCCCGGGCUGCGGCUCCUUCCCAGCUCCCCACCAGCUCCGCCCGCGGUGACUGCCGGCCUCGCUGCCAUGAGCCACCCGUCGGGCCUCCGGGCCGGCGUCAGUGCCACCUCCUACCGCCGCACCUUCGGGCCUCCGCCCUCGCUGUCCCCCGGGGCCUUCUCCUACGCGUCCAGCUCCCGCUUCUCGAGCAGCCGCCUGCUGGGCUCGGCGUCCCCCGGCUCCUCCGUGCGCCUGGGCAGCUUCCGCGGGCCCCGGGCCGGCGCGGGCGCCCUCCUGCGCCUGCCCUCGGAGCGCCUCGACUUCUCCAUGGCCGAGGCCCUCAACCAGGAGUUCCUGGCCACGCGCAGCAACGAGAAGCAGGAGCUGCAGGAGCUCAACGACCGCUUCGCCAACUUCAUCGAGAAGGUGCGCUUCCUGGAGCAGCAGAACGCGGCCCUGCGCGGGGAGCUGAGCCAGGCCCGGGGCCAGGAGCCGGCGCGCGCCGACCAGCUGUGCCAGCAGGAGCUGCGGGAGCUGCGCAGGGAGCUGGAGCUGCUGGGCCGCGAGCGCGACCGGGUGCAGGUGGAGCGCGACGGGCUGGCGGAGGACCUGGCGGCGCUCAAGCAGAGGCUGGAGGAGGAGACGCGCAAGCGGGAGGAUGCGGAGCACAACCUCGUGCUCUUCCGCAAGGACGUGGACGACGCCACCCUGUCCCGCCUGGAAUUAGAGCGCAAGAUUGAGUCCCUGAUGGAUGAGAUUGAGUUCCUCAAGAAGCUACAUGAGGAGGAGCUGCGGGACCUGCAGGUGAGCGUGGAGAGCCAGCAGGUGCAGCAGGUCGAGGUGGAGGCCACCGUGAAGCCCGAGCUGACCGCCGCGCUGCGGGACAUCCGCGCGCAGUACGAGAGCAUCGCGGCGAAGAACCUGCAGGAGGCCGAGGAGUGGUACAAGUCCAAGUACGCGGACCUGUCCGACGCCGCCAACCGGAACCACGAGGCCCUGCGUCAGGCCAAGCAGGAGAUGAACGAGUCCCGACGCCAGAUUCAGAGUCUGACGUGCGAGGUGGACGGGCUACGCGGCACCAACGAGGCGCUGCUCAGACAGCUGCGGGAGCUGGAGGAGCAGUUUGCCCUGGAGGCCGGCGGGUACCAGGCGGGCGCCGCGAGGCUCGAGGAGGAGCUGCGACAGCUCAAGGAGGAGAUGGCCCGGCACCUGCGCGAGUACCAGGAGCUCCUCAACGUCAAGAUGGCCCUGGACAUCGAGAUCGCCACCUACCGCAAGCUGCUGGAGGGCGAGGAGAGCAGGAUCUCGGUGCCAGUCCACUCCUUCGCGUCCUUAAGUAUGAAGACGAGCGUGCCUGAGGUGGAGCCUCCGCAGGACAGCCACAGCAGGAAGAUGGUUCUGAUCAAGACCAUUGAGACCCGGGAUGGGGAGCAGGUGGUGACUGAGUCCCAGAAGGAGCAGCGCAGUGAGCUGGACAAGUCUUCUACUCACAGCUACUGACCCCAUUGGUCUGGUGCUCCCUGACACUGCCCUAGGCCUGCUCCAAGCCCCAGACCCUAACACCAGUACUGAAUUAGUCCUCUCUUGCUCUGCAUGUGUCUAGGGGAUGACGCAAGUCAUCCCUUCCCUGGCCUGUGGCCAAGCCCUACCCAGCCAGCAGUAGCUGGCCCUUCCCUCCCUUCCCUGACACAUAUUUAUAUAUAUGACCUGUAUGUUCCCCUUAUCUCGUCCUAGUAAGAGGCCAGCAAUCCCCAAAACAAGUCUACUGCCAUUCAUUACCCCAUGACCAGUGGAGUGGGCCAGGGUCUGAGUUUCACUUUUGAAUCAAAUAAAA